CCGAAAAUUCCGAGAAAAAUUAGAAAAAAAAAGCUCUCUCUUCUCUCUAGCCAUGGAGUGUGUUUAGGGCGAUUACUAUCACACACCAUUCUCGAUGGGAAGGAAGAAGAAAUCAGGUAAUGAUAACCUUGCUAAAAAUAGUGGAUCUCCGUCUAAAAAUAGUAGUAACAAUAAGGGUUUGGAUAAUAUUCCGGAUUCGCAGAAUCAGCCUAGCCAUCCUCCCACUUUUUCGGAACCGCCGUCAAGGCUGAUUUCCUCGCCAUUUGUGCAUCCCAGUGCUGGUAUGAUUCCUGUUGAACUUCACAAUACUAUAAUCGAGCUGAAUCAAGCCCUAGGAAUUUCUGGAACUCGGCCUCAAAUAGAGCCGUUGGAGCCGUUUUUGAAUCUGGCCUCACAAGUUGAAGGUGUUAAUGGCGGAAUCAAUGGCGCACCAGGGCAGCCCAAUGAAGCGAUUGAUGCGAGGAUUAGUGACCUCUCUAGUAGACUUGUUGGCACUCUAGCAAGCCGGAGCUCCACCGUUGUGCCUCCCCCUGUUUCUGGCGUAGGUGUUGCUGCACCGCAAGCGCAGGCUGGAACUUGGUCUAGCCUUUUUCAACGCUCUCCUCUGACUGGAGCAGUGAUUCUUUGAGUAGAAUAGGGAGUCUGUUGGGUGUACCUGUUUGUGCUGAUGAUUGUACUACAAGACAGCAGAGAAUCUCCUUUGCUCGAGUCUUAAUUGAAAUGGAUGUCACUGAAGCCUUGCCUGAUCAUGUUUGGAUUGUUGAUGUAAAUGGCAAAGAAUUCAAGCAGCCUGUUGUUUAUGAUUGGAAGCCCACUUACUGUCAAAAAUGUAAAACACCAGGGCAUGAUUGUUCUGUAGUGACUAACAGGAAUACUCAAGCUAAGAAGAAAAACCCCCCAGUGGUGAAGAAGAUAUGUGUGCCUAAGAAACAACAGACUCAAACUAAUGUUGUUUCUCUGGUUACCCCUAUGCAUCAAACCAUUUCUCACCACU